UUUCUAGACCCUUUCAACAUUUCUUGCAAUUAUUGACAGAUCCAACAACAUUGAGACAUUACGAUCAAGAAAUGCACACUUUGCAAAAUUGUUUCUAAAAAUAGUUCAUUCCACAUUAAAGAUUAAAGAUUAUUGAAUAUCGUCAAAGAAAAGAAGAAGAGUACACCAUACGAUCUGAGGAAUCAUUAUUAAAGUCGAUAGGAUAGCGGGACGCAUACUUCGUACUCUUAUCGCGAUGAUGAUGCGUGUUUGCAUUGCGCCGUCGAAGAAACUUCACCUAACCCCUUUAUCCAACUGACACGCUCCCCUUAACCCUUUUCCAUGAGUUAAUUGAUUUAUACUCGCAACUUCUAUUCUCAAUCCUUGAAAUCAUCUGUAGUUGAUCCAAGUCGAUCCUCUGCUCCCGAUGCGGGGAAUGCUCUAACCUAGCGGGCUCAGCGAUGCCGACCCCCAUUGCAUCACGUAGCGUCGGCACUUGAUACCGGAGGGUAUUCACUCAAUUCGUGCUGCUAUUGUACCCAUGCGGAACCCAUUAGCCCGGAAAGGUAUGUAAGUAUAGAUCCUGCACGACUCGAAUCUAAUAAGUAGGUGCCUACCCGGAACCUCUCGAGGAUUGCUACCUUGGAUAUUGUCAGUUAGGAUACAUAACUGCUGUUCGCUAUAAAUAAAUAUCCUACAUUCCAGUGUCAUAGCAUAAUAUCGAACAUGGAGAGUUUUGAAUAUAAUUCUAGUCCCGCUCGUAUCGUCUUCGGGUGCGGUACUAUCAAAAAGGUUCCAGAAGAGCUUCGACGGGCAAAUGUAUCUAAGCCUUUUCUUCUCAGCACGCCUCAGCAGGUGAGCCAUAUCGACUUACUCAAGGGUGUUCUCGGAGAUGUCGUCUCCGGAGUAUUUACUGAAGCAACAAUGCAUACUCCAGUCGAAGUGACUGAGAGGGCGCUCGAGCAAGUUAAGUCCUCAAGGGCCGACUCCGUUAUUUCCAUCGGAGGUGGUAGCACAGUGGGCUUGGGAAAAGCACUCAGCAUUCGGACGGGUCUCUUUCACUUGACUAUCCCUACGACCUACGCUGGUAGUGAGGUUACGCCAAUUUUGGGUGAGACAGAUUCUGGAAGGAAGACGACAAGAUCCGAUCCGAAGAUAUUGCCCAGCACGGUCGUUUAUGAUGUUGAUCUCACCAUGACCCUUCCGGUUGGUCUUACUGCUACAAGUGGCGUUAACGCCAUAGCGCAUGCUGUCGAAGCGCUGUAUGCUCGUAAUACCAACCCGGUUAUUAAUCUCCUUGCUCAAGAAGGGGUAAAAGCUCUUGCAAGCUCCCUCCCUGUCCUGGUCUCUGAUCCAUCGUCGCAAGAAGCACGCUCAUCUGCCUUAUAUGGCGCAUGGCUUUGCGGUAUUUGUCUCGGCAGUGUCGGGAUGUCUAUCCAUCACAAGCUCUGCCACACCCUAGGGGGCAGUUUUAACCUCCCGCACUCUGAGACGCAUACCAUAGUCCUGCCACACGCAUUGUCAUAUAAUGCCCCGAAGGUCCCUGGGGCAAUGGAAGCAUUGGCUGCCGCAUUGCCGGAGAGUGAAGGCGACGCCACGAAGGGACUAAAUAUUCUCUUACAGAAGUUGAAAGUAGAAAGGGGACUGAAGGCUUUAGGGAUGCAAGAGAGCGACAUAGAUAAGGCAGCAGACAUAGCAGUGAGCAACCCUUAUUGGAACCCUCGGCCUAUCGAAAGGGGGCCGAUAAGAGAGCUGAUCCGACGAGCUUGGGCUGGAGAAGAGGCAAGGGCUGAUUUGUAAUACGAAUAAUUGGAUGAUCUUGUACCACUAUCUCG